AUGAAAACCCUGCUCUAUGACCUCCUGUUGCUGGGUCUGUUCUCCAACGCUUUCAGCGACUGUCAGAAGGAUUGUUUGACAUGCAGAGAGAAGCUUCACCCGUCCCGGGACGGCUUCAGUGUCGAUGAAUGCAUCACAGAUUGUGAAGUGCAAGACUUCCUUAGCCCGUUCUGGGCCCCUUGCACCAAGGCCAUGAAUAAGGGACCUUGGCAGCUCAGCUCGGCCAGCAAGGACAAGGCAAUGGCAUCUGUUCACCAGCCACAGGUGAUGGAGGAGCAGGGCCCAAGCCAGAUGGAGGGCAAGAACCGCGUGGCCCGUGUCAGAAGCUUGCUCCACACCCAGGAACAAGAGGCAGCAGAAGGCUUGGGGGAGGCAGGGGAGGAGAUGCAGAAGAAGUUGCAGAAACGGUUUGGGGGCUUCACUGGGGCACGGAAAUCUGCCCGGAAGUUGGCCAACCAGAAGCGGUUCAGUGAAUUUAUGAGGCAGUACCUUGUCAUGAGCAUGCAUGCUAGUGAGCACCAACGUCAUGGCCUGGCCCCAGGCCGCAACCUGCGUCAGAACGGCAACGUGUAG